AUGGCCACAGCACAGGCACGGCAACUCGAUAAUAAGGUAUGUACUAGACUUGAUAUUUCUUCGUCGUAACUUCAAGAUUCGUUAAGGAAGACAAGAUGCUCUUAGUUCUUUUAGAGAACGAGUUAAUUAAGUUCGUAGUAAACAACUCUAUUGCUAAGGCGUUUUGAACCUGUAAACCUAUAAUACAGUGUAGCUUGCAAAUGCAAAUGCAAAACCUGAAGACAUUUUUCCUACAAGUUUACUUUGUCAAUGUAGCUCAAACUAUACUGAUUUUUUCUUUUUCUUGCACAAAUUUUAGGGAAUCAAAAGCGCCCUGCUAACCAAGGUCUUGUCAGCUGUCCAAGGAACUUGUUCGCUCUUAUCGUACAACAGACGUGAAGGAAUAUCUUGUGACGAUCUGUUGUUAAACAUUUGCCAAAAGCGAGAUGAAUGUGAUAAAAAGAUUAAGAAAAUGAAAGGAGUGGCAUUAUUUUCUCCUCUGUCGCCGCCCUAG